GUCCAUUCAGCUGUCGUCUGGUGUGUAACGUGCCAACCAAAGUACCAACAGUUCUUUAACCUCGCCUCAACGAUAACACGUUGUCUAAAGGCUGAAUUUUCAAAUUUUACACUUUACAGUUUAAAGAAUGACCAUGGACGAGUCUCCGGUCAUUGCCCAAAUUUUGGAAAAGCUGCGAUUGAACGACCAAGUUAGCAGCAAAGAGGUUGCUCAUGAUCUCGGAUGUGCUCACGAAAUCGUAAUUGGACAGAUAAACAGCUUGAAGUCCAAAGGGGAAGUCAUCGAAGUGGAAGCCGUGCCGACUACCCUUUGGGAGCUGACAGAUGAAGGGAAAUGGAUAAAGGACAAUGCCAGUUAUGAGGUACUGGUCUUCAACUAUGUCAAAGAGAAAAAGGAAGCACCUCUCUCUGAAGUCAUGAAGAAUGUGCACAAUGCCAAAAUUGGCUUUAACAAAGCCAUGGCUAACAACUGGGUGAAGAAGUUGCCAGGGAAUCUGAUCACCCCGGUGCUCGAUUCUGUCCAGGACGACAUCAAGAUGAAUCUGGAGUCCAUCGCAGCAAAGGACUACUUGAAAGUUAGCGAUGAAAAGAAAGCUGAGUUCAAAAAAAGAAAGCUAAUCAAAGAGACAUCUAUGACUGUUUUCAACGUCAAAAAGGGUAAAGAGUUUGGUUCGAAUCUAUCUAAACAAGAGACUGAAUUGACGGCUGAAAUGUUGGAAUCCGGCUUGUGGAAAAGUGCACAGUUCAAGAAUUACAAUUUUGAAGCUAUGGGUGUGCCGACUGUGCCCGGUGCACUGCAUCCACUUAUGAAAAUGAAAGAUGAAUUUAAGAAGAUAUUUUUAGAAAUGGGAUUCAGCGAGAUGGAUACGAGUAGUUAUGUGGAGAACUCGUUUUGGAAUUUUGACGCGUUGUUUCAACCACAACAACAUCCGGCAAGGGAUGCGCAUGACACAUUUUUCUUAGACCACCCCAAAGAGUCGGACCUGACAAAAGUACCUAACAAGUAUUUAGAAAGUGUAGAAGAAGUGCACAGCAAAGGAAAAUACGGGUCUCGAGGUUAUAAGUACAACUGGUCUAUUAACGAAGCAAAGAAAAACAUACUCAGAACUCACACUACGGCAAAUAGUGCAAGAUUUCUGUACAAUUUAGCACAGAAAGGAGAAUUUCAACCUGUAAAAAUGUUUAGCAUAGAUAAAGUGUUCAGAAAUGAAACACUCGAUGCUACUCAUCUCGCAGAAUUUAAUCAAGUGGAAGGCUUUGUUGCAGAUUACAAUCUGUCGCUUGGAGAUUUAAUCGGUGUUAUUCACGGAUUCUUUGAAAAACUUGGUAUUACGCAACUCAAGUUUAAACCUGCCUACAACCCUUACACCGAGCCAAGCAUGGAGAUAUUUUGCUUUCAUCCAGGCUUGUCCAAAUGGAUAGAAGUUGGAAAUUCAGGAAUGUUCAGACCUGAGAUGUUGCUCCCUAUGGGGUUACCACCUGGUGUCAAUGUCAUCGCAUGGGGCCUCUCCUUAGAAAGGCCUGCAAUGAUUAAAUUUAAGCUCAACAAUAUAAGAGAUUUAGUUGGGCCUAAAGUGCAAAUAUCUAUGAUACAAGAAAACCCUAUUUGCAGACUUGAAAAACAGUGUUGAGACAAGUUAUUUAAUAACAUUGUUAUUUAUGUCUUGUUGAGACAAAAAGUCAUUAUUUUAUUAAAAGUGUUUGAAAAGAG